GAUCGGGGAAUCGAGGAGUCAAAUCAGGCUGUAGUUGUAGUCUACCUAAAAGACUAUAUGUUGUGCACUGAAUUGUUGCAAUGCCCGGACUCAGUUUGCUACGGAUGUGCAGCACUUUUAAUUCCUUUGUUUUAAUGAUAAUGAGAUAAUCGCCUGUUUUAUUUUUUAGUCUGUUUAUCUCUUUUUGCUAAGUGAGUUUUGAUAUCGAGGUUUUAGCUCGCCGGAAUUUCAACUGGGAUAUAGCAAGCUCAAGAAACAGCUGUUGUACACCUUGUUGGGUUUUUUAAUUCAGCGGAAGAUGAAGGUGAUGGUGGAUUUCGAAGAAUGUCUCAAAGACUCUCCCAGAUUUCGGGCUGCAAUAGAGGAAGUGGAGGUGGAUGUUGGAGAGCUGGAGAUCAAGCUGGACAAGCUGGUAAAGCUGUGUAUCGGCAUGCUGGAUGCUGGGAAGGCGUAUAACACAGCCAACAAACAGUUUGUUAACGGGAUACGGGAGCUAGCCCAGCAGUCCACCAAAGAUGAGGUCAUUGAGUCCAGUUUGACCAAGUUUGCCGAGAGCCUCCAGGAGAUGAUCAACUACCACACAAUUUUAUUUGACCAGGCUCAGAGAUCCAUACGGUCACAGCUCCAGACAUUUGUGAAAGAGGACCUGCGGAAAUUCAAGGAUGCCAAGAAGCAGUUCGACAAGGUCAGCGAGGAGAAGGAGGCAGCGCUGGUGAAGAACGCCCAGGCGCCCCGCAACAAGCAGCACGAGGUGGAGGAGGCCACCAACAUCCUGACCGCCACGCGCAAGUGCUUCCGCCACAUCGCCCUGGACUACGUGCUGCAGAUCAAUGUUCUCCAGUCUAAGAGAAGAUUUGAAAUCCUCAGAUCGAUGCUGUCCUUUAUGUAUGCCCACCUGACAUUCUUCCACCAAGGCUAUGACCUGUUCAGUGAACUGCAGCCUCUCAUGAAUGAGCUGGGUGGACAGCUGGACCAGCUGGUGGUGGACGCAGCCAAAGAGAAGCGCGACAUGGAGCAGAAGCACUCCACCAUCCAACAGAAGGCGGCUCUGCAGGACUUCUCGAAUGACGACACCAAGCUGGAGUAUAAUGUGGACACAGACAACGGCAUCGCCAUGGAGGGAUACCUGUUCAAGAGGGCCAGCAACGCCUUCAAAACAUGGAACAGAAAAAAGGCAGCGCACAACAGGCGCUGGUUUUCCAUUCAGAAUAAUCAGCUAGUUUACCAGAAGAAAUUCAAGGACAACCCCACGGUGGUGGUGGAGGAUCUGCGGCUUUGCACGGUCAAACAGUGUGAGGACGUUGAGCGCCGCUUCUGUUUCGAGGUGGUGUCCCCGACCAAGAACUGCAUGAUGCAGGCAGAUUCAGAGAAGCUGAGGCAGGCCUGGAUCAAGGCCGUUCAGAGCAGCAUCGCCACUGCCUUCCGGGAGAAGGGAGAGGACGCCCAGAAGCUGGACAGGAAGUCAUCCACAUCGACAGGCAGCCUAGACUCAGGCGGCGAGCCCAAGGAGAGGUCCCUGAAGGGGGAGAGCGCUCUGCAGAGGGUCCAGGCCAUCCCAGGGAACGCCUACUGCUGUGACUGCGGCCAGGCUGACCCGCGCUGGGCCAGCAUCAACCUGGGCAUCACGCUGUGUAUCGAGUGCUCCGGCAUCCACAGGAGUCUGGGGGUCCACUUCUCCAAAGUUCGCUCCCUGACGUUAGACACCUGGGAGCCGGAGCUGCUGAAGCUGAUGUGUGAGCUGGGGAAUGGGGUGAUAAACCAAAUCUAUGAAGCUCAGAGGGAGGAGCUGGGUGCCAGGAAGCCUCAACCCGGAGAUUCCAGACAGGAGAUUGAGGCCUACAUCAGAGCCAAGUAUGUCGACAAGCGCUUUGUGCGGAAACCGUCCCCAGCGGAGCAGAGGUCAAAGUUCAUGGCUCUGACUAAGCAGGAGAGGAGACUGAGCAGCAGCUCAGAGCACCUGCCCCCCCGGCCACCCCCGCCCACGCCCAAAAUGCGCCCUGCCUCCAACGCGUCAGCUGCCGCCGGCGGCGAGGAGGCUCGAAGAGACUCGCUCUUCUGUCCCGAUGAGCUAGACUCGCUCUUCUCCUACUUUGACACGUCUUCGAAGCUGCGGAGUAUCAGGAGUGCAGACAGCGGCAUUCAGAACAGCGCGGACGGCAGCCGGGAGAUGCUGGCAUCCACGCCCUCCAACAACAGCCUGAGUGAAGCAGACCUCCCAGAGCCGCCCGUCCCGUUGCCCUUGCCCCGGAGAGACUCGCCCGUGUUCUCAGAGCCCAGGGAGUACUCGCCCGGCCUGCAGCUGUACUGGGCAUCGUGUGCCCGCAGUCUGCCCGACAUGGCCGAGGCUCUGGCUCACGGCGCUGACGUCAACUGGGUCAACGCCGAGGACGACAACAGAACACCCCUGAUCCAGGCUGUGCAGGGGGGUUCCUUGGUGACCUGCGAGUUCCUGCUCCAGAACGCUGCUAAUGUCAACCAGCAGGAUAUCCGGGGACGGGGUCCCCUGCACCAUGCCACCAUACUGGGCCACACAGGUCAGGUGUGCCUGUUCCUGAAGCGGGGAGCCAGUCAGAACGCUGUGGACAUCGACAACAAGAGCCCCCUGUCCAUCGCCGUGGACGCCGCCAACGCUGACAUCGUAACGCUGCUGCGUCUGGCCAAGAUGAACGAGGAGAUGCGGGAGGCGGAGGGAGCGUACGGCCAACCAGGCGACGAGACCUAUCAGGACAUUUUCCGAGAUUUCUCUCAGAUGGCGUCUGAUGACCCGGACAGGCUGAACCGGUUCCAGGGCUACGACGCUCCGAGGCUGUGAGGGACCGGGCCCGGGCAGGUUCUGGUGCUGGACGCGAGAAGGUCUGCGUGGCGUUGAGCGGACAUCAUGCGCCACUCUCUGGCCCGUGAAACUGGCGUAAGGAGCAGACACGGCUGCUGUGACGACAGCGCCCUUUUGCUAUGCACAACAUUACACCAGUACCUCAGUUUUGAUCUCCUACAUUAGGAGUCUGUCUCUGGCAAUGAUUUACUUUCUUUUCAUUGCGAUGGACUUCAACUGUCCAAUAUGUAAAGAUAAAUAUUAAAUAUAGGAAACUCUACAUAGCGUUUGGUAUUCACAGCAAAAAUUACAUUUCAACUCAAGAAAAGAAAAAUUAGCCAACACCAAAAAGUACCUGUAAAUGUACCAUGUAUCGUGCAAUUGCAUGCUUGUAACGUGAUGUAAAUACCACACCCUUAUACACCUCAUGCAUAUUACGUAUUUGAAAUGAUCCAAGGGCUCAUUAUUGUAUUAAGUGAAUACUGUAAAGUUAUUAAUAUUGUCUGCCAUUUGGCUUUGCCCUUAAAAUGUACGCAGUCUUGCUGUAAUUCACAUUGUCCCUAACUUUAAGUGCCACUUUUUCCCAGUUCUUGCACAUUUAUUUUGGUUGUUUCAGUUCACCAGUGAACUCAUGAAACUGUGUAAGGGGGAGAAAAGAAGUCAAGCUUACUCAGAUCAGGUACAUUAAAGUCGCUUGUGGUAGACUGAGUCUGAGCCUGAGCUGAAGCCUGCCCCUGUACCCCAUGAAGUACCAAACAGGAGAAUAAUACAAACACACAGAUCAGACGAGGAAGCUGGUGGGUGCAUUUGUAAACCCUGAGUGACAGUGUUAUACCGCAGAAUGGCCAAUUCGCAUCAGACACAAAGCCAGAAAAAAGCAUGUCAACAGAAAAAGACCUGAAGACAUUCUGCACAAUAAAGAUGCAUUUUUUUGGUUUGCAUUUCACAACAUAAUGCUUCAGAUUGCAAAUAUGCUUUUGUUGGUUUUGUGCCCAGUAUCUGUUACCCUUUGGAAAUGUGUAGUAUACAACUCUUAAAUUAUACACAUUUCAAGUCCUGUCUUACACUAUUAUUGUAAUCCAUGUGAGAAACAGUUAUGUUCUCUGAAUGUGUGUGUAUGUAUGCACACACAGGUAUAGACAUAUUUGUAUGAAAUGAUUGAAUGAAAGUAUGGUUUUGCUUGCAAGUAUUGAUGGAGUUUUAGCAGUCUUACAAUGUUGAAAGGGAUGUCCUGUACAUGAACUAAUGUGUCUUAAGAGAAAAUGUGCAAUGGUCCAAUUUUCAACUUGUGUAUAUAUGCAAUCUUUUGUUGCAGUUAUCUGGUCUAUAACCAGAUGUUCAAAAAGCUUUAAAAAAGACAUUCCUUACGGAAUCUUCUUUGGGUAACUGCAUUUUACAGAAUAGUCAGUCUGAGUGGACUGAUGAUGUUUAUAAAAUUUCACAUAUACUAUUUGAUUUUAAAUACACAGACCAGUUUCUGAAUCCAUACAAGAAUAAAUAUCAGCACUUAGAUGUUGGACACAGAGGCAGUAGGUGUUUUAUUUGUUAUCUUGGCCCUUAUGCUAUGUGCUUUGGAGUAAUCCUAGUAUAAGCAGUCAGUUUUCAGUCAUGGGAAGGUACAAAUAUGUGGCCAUCUGUUACAUUUAAACAGUUUUACUUCCUCUCAAGGGGAAUCAAAAGAUUCUAUUUGGUUUUUUUGCCCAGGUUUUUAGGCAUUCUGGUGUUAAGGUUAGUGUUGAUUUUGAUGAUCUUCCAUUGGGUUGUACUGUCCAUGAGACAGGGGUCGAAACACACCAUGUUGUACUGUGUGGUUCUGAAGGAACUGUGCAAGCUGUCCUCUCAACAGCAUUUUAUUUGGCUGGAAAGCAAAGGUCAGACAGAACUUUUAUGUGAGGAUAUUUUCAAGCUGUGCUCUAAUUGGCUAGGAAAAGUAUUGCUCCUGAUUUGCUGUAACACUUUACAGAAUUUUCAUUGGCUCCUGACUAGCCAAGACCUCAGUCACCUAUUGGUUUUUACAAAUCAAUAUGGCUAAUGUUAACAUUAGUUUAGUGUCCUUACAUUAACACAUACAAAAUAUGUGUUAAAAUUUGUCUACAAAUUUGCCUAACAUUAGUUCACUACAAGCCGAGAUAUUGUAACUGGAAAUAUGAAAGUGUAUUUUGUGAGCAAAGUUGUUACUAGAUGGUGUGAUUUUAAAUUAUUGUGUAGAGGUGCAGGUGCCUGAUUUCAUUAAAGGAAUAAUAAUAAAAAGCAAGACUAUUGGAUAGAAUGCUGAGCUCAACCGAUCAAGAAUGCUGUUUACAGCCAUGAAAAGCACAGUACAAUUGUUCUCAACAAAGAACCACCCAAUGGGUCUUAUUUCAAACAAAAAAAGCACAUUUUUGGUCUUUUAGGGGUACAGUCGUUGCUGUAAUGAUCUUGUCGCAGCAGCAGCUUGAUAAGUGAAUGCCAAGUGAGUGUGUCCAUCAUUUGUAUUCCUUUGUGCCAUCUGCACCUCAUGACUUUGGGAUGUCCUUUGCCGUUACAGAUUGGUAGUUUACAGCACAGCAGUGAGGUCAUUGGGCUGUCUGCAGUGAUUCACUCUCUUUUCUCCAGAGUCUUGGUAGCUGAACAUGAAGUCCUCUAAGCCAUAUGUAAUGUACCAGAAACUUUCUCAACACCCUUACGCCGGUGUGCUUGAUGGAGAGCCACUGGUGAGAUAUGUUUGCUUUUCAAGGCCUGGAGCACUACGCGCCUGAUUGGCUUAGGAUGAGCCAAUCAGGUGAGUGAGGACACACUGUGGAACAUCUCCUCUCUGUACUGCAGAUGUGUGUUUCGCAUUGAAAGUGCUGUCUCUAUCAUAGAUAAAGCUAGAUUUCUGAUUCGCUCAUUAUGAAUAUCCAUGAUGGGCUAUAGUCUAAAACAGAAAGACCAUUGCAAUGCAGACAGCACGAGAACCUCCCAUUAUCAGUGGGUAUGACCCAGACAGGGAAGUAAGAGGGCAAGAACAUAGGAGAUGAACAUCCGGGUCAGAAUAUAGAAUAGAAUAUCUGUGCCUGUGCUGUGACAGGGACUUUGUUGAAUAUGAUGGGGUUCCAUGUGCCAGUUUUAUUUCUCUCCACAGGAUUCAUCUGCAGUAUAGUGUGAUGUCCCCCCAUUUAUUGCACAGCAAUGGGUAUAAAUCCUGUAAAUACUGUACAUAACCUAUGACUACAUGCCUAAGAAUGCCUUGUUUAAAUCAAUGGCGGUGGUACUGGAAUCAUUAAA